AUGGCUGACAAGCCCAACGGCACUCUCAACGGUGAUCAUCAAGAAUACCCAAACUUUUCCCAGGAAAGACUCGAUGACUCCAUCAAGCGAGGCAUCGACCUCCAAGUCUUUCGUUACCCCUCCACCGGGAUCAACGUCCUCAUCGCAGGCGCCGGUCUAGGCGGGAUCACUUGCGCCCUUGAAUGCUGGCGCAAAGGACACAACGUUCGCAUUAUCGACCGCAGUCCCAGUGCAGUCUGGACAGGCGAUAAUGUUCAAAUCCAGCCCAGCGCCAUCCUUCUUCUGCGCCAUUGGCCUGACAUGGGCUAUGAGAUUGAGGAGAACCAGUACGACGUCGACAUGUCUUACUAUAGACAGACCGGCGAGCGCAUCUGGGGUCCUGCACCGCCCAUGUUCAACGAUCCAGAGCAUUUACCUGGCCGUCGCGGCUUUCCCUCUGUCAAUGCCCAUUCGCGUAUCAAGCUGUACCGCGCGUUCUUGAAACAGGCGGAGCGCGUGGGCAUUCAUGUUGAAUGGGGAUGCAAGGUCGUUGAGUACUGGGAGGAUGUUGAAGGUUGCGCUGGAGGCGUUGUUCUUGAGAAUGGGGAGAAGAGAACGGCGGAUAUCGUUGUUGCAGCUGAUGGCUUGAGGACCAAGAGCAUGACUAUUGUUCCUGGCAUGCCGGACCAGCUGACGACGAGUGGAAAGGCGAUUUAUCGCGCGGGUUAUCCUGUUGAACAUGCGCUUAAGGAUCCCACGCAUGCUGAAUCUGCCAGCGAAUCCUGGAUCCCAAACAUCGAUCCAGCAGAAGUAAUCACUGAGAUGGAAAAGAACGACGCCGUCCACCCCGCCAUCGCCGCCUUGAUCCGCACCGCCCCCAAAGGCUCCGUCGUGAACUGGCAGCUCAAAUUCCGCGAUCCCCACGAACAAUGGACAUCCCCCGGCGGCCAUGUCGUCCAGCUCGGCGACGCAGCGCACGCAUUCCUGCCCACGUCCGGUAACGGCGCAACGCAAGCCAUAGAAGACGGCGUGACCCUCGCAACAUGCUUGCAACUCGCUGGGAAGUCCCAAGCCGCCAAUGCUACAAAAGUGUACAACAAACUACGCUUCCAGCGCGUUAGCUGUGGCCAGAAGAUGGGUUUCGUGAACCAGCAGCUGAAGCAGCACACGGAUUGGGACGCCAUCAUGAAGAAUCCGGCGCUGAUUAGAUCGCGAUACCCAAAGUGGGUUUGGUCGCAAGAUCCGGAGGCGUAUGCGUAUGAAAAGUUUGCUGAGGCGCUGACACAUGUUGUCAGUGGGGGACGGGUUCCGUUGGUGAAUACGAAUUUUCCAAAGGGGCAUAAGUAUAGGCAUUGGACUAUGAAGGAGGUGCAGGAGCAGAUUAAGGCGGGACAGAAGUUGGAGGAUCUUCAGGAUGGGGACUGGUCCUAG